AUGACCAGGUAUGCUCUGCUGGUGCUGAUGGUCCUGAUGUUUGGCAGAGUCCUGGUUGUCCCAGUGACCCCUAUCCCAACCUUCCAGCUCCGCCCUCAGAAUGCUCCCCAGACCACUCCCGGACCUGCACCUGCAGCCUCAGAGAGCCCCUCAGCUGCUCCCACAUGGCCCUGGGCUGCCCAGAGCCACCGCAGCCCCACCCGCCACUCUGGCUCGCGCAUUGUCCUAUCGCUGGAUGUCUCCAUCGGCCUCUUGCAGAUCUUACUGGAGCAAGCCCGGGCCAGGGCUGCCAGGGAGCAGGCCACCACCAACGCCCGCAUCCUGGCCCGUGUCGGCCGCCGCUGA